CUCCAAACCCGACGGGCCUGCAGUCUGAGUGAAGAACCUGAUUCAUCACUGACUCUGUUGCUCUGUCUCUCAGCAGUAUGGAUCACUCGUUUCCCAAUCUUACCAUUGUGUCAGCUGGAAACUCUGCAGCAAUCCAGUUUGGACAGGACAACAUUCUGCUUGGAGAAGAACAACCAAAUAUUGAAAAUGUAGAAAUAUCCAGGAUCCUUCCUUUACAGAGGAAAAUAUCAGAACGGCACGUCACGGUGAUCAACAUAACUGGCUUACAUGAGACUGAACUUAACCUGGACCCUGCUAAUGAUGUCAUCGGUCAACUUGUGCACGAAAACAAAAUCAACGCCUUCAUAUUUGUUGUGCGACUUGAUCAGUUAACAGAUGCUGAUAAGAUGGGUCUUGAAUGGCUUCAGCAAGUAUUUGGUGAAGAAGUUCUUCCGUUUGUGAUGAUUCUCUUCACCUAUGAAGCAGAAGAAGAGUGUGACACUAUAACAGAUGAUCUGAAGAAAAACCUUGUGCUGGAGCAACUGCUGGAGAAAUGUGGAGGAGGAUAUCACACCAGUAGCAAGAUCAUGAACAACCAAUAUGAGAUGAUAGAACUGAUGAACAAGAUUGACCGUCUGUUUGUUGAGAAUAAACAGCAGCACUACACUGGAGAGAUGUACAACACAGCAAGAGAGAGAGAAGACCUGAAAAAGAGUCACUGUGAAAGUGGUGAGAUUAGUACAUUUAAAACUGCUGAAAAGCAUACAACAGAAAGUGAGGGACCAAAUGAGCAUGUAGAAAAGGAAACGCUUACCGUUUCAAAUACACUCUUUCACAGACUUCACCUUGACAAGCAUCACCAUAAACUGAGAGCUGCAGAUGUUCUUCAGUUAUCUGCACACUCAUUACAGUCCAAUGAGCCUUGUGCUGAAGAGAAGCUGAUUCAGACUUUCAUUUACAAACUGCUGAUGAUGGACUAUAAAGCAAGAUAUAUUAUUGUUAAGACUGAUGAGGAAAGUCACACUCAACAAGACACACUCAACAAUGAUUUAUUUGAACAAGAAAAUGAUUUUGAUGAUUUCUGUUCCGAAUUAACGUCAGACAACAAACCAAGUAAAACUUCAUCCAUUGUUCAUCCAAUGGAUGUUCAGAUGGCUGCGUUUCAUUGUGCUGAUGGUUUCCUGAAGCAGCUGAUGGUAACUAAACUGUCUCAGUGUCAGUACGCUCUGCCUCUGCUUGUUCCUGAUCCAUUCACAAAACAGAUAGUAUUUCCUCUCUGGACAUUUAGACAAAUCAACAAGAGCUGGAAAACAAAAAAUACUGACAGUGAGAUCAUCAGUCAAAAUCAGCCGGUCUACAAGGCACAAACUCCAAUGGUGUCUUUCUUCAGAUUUGGCUCUGUAUCCUCAUCCAAGUCUCAGCUGAUGAACAGUCUGAUCAAUGAGAAACACAACACGUUUUUCCACAGGAACUGCCCAGGCAGCAGCAAAACCAGAGUCCUGAUGGAUGGAGUGGUGGAGAUCGCCUGGUUCUGCCCCUCUGGGAAAAACACGGAUAAAUUUAAUGACUGUAUUGCAUUCUGUAACCUCCAUGGUGAUGCAGAAGACAAUGAGAAACAGCUGCAGGUUCUCACUGAAAUGGCCUCAGUCAAUGUUGUUCUUCUUCCACAACUUAAGAGAAAUGACGAAGGCAUGAUACAAGUUGAAAAACUCUAUAAGGACUCAAAACCACUAAUUUGUCUUUUUGCUGAGAGGGAUACAGCUCUCACUGAGACACGGCAAGGAAAAUAUAAAAUUGGUUUGAAAAACAGAAGUCAGUCAGAUAUAUCUGAGGAACUCAGAAGAGCUAUAAAUGAUGCUUUUUCAUUGACAUCUUCCGCUUUCAGUCUUGAAGAUGUGUCCAAACACUCAGACAUCAUAGUGGACGAGAAAAAUGAUGAUGACUGCAGGAAUGGAAAAGAAGCAGCACAGCAGAUGAUGAGUUUGCUGGAGAAUAAAAAACUGACUGAAAUCAAAGAAUCGGUUCUGCCCUAUCAGGGGAAACUGUGGCAUCAGUGGUGUCAGAAAAACAAAGAACUACAUCGACCUCAAGCUAAUGAAUUAGACGCAGAGUGGACUAAAAAAAACACAGAUUUGAUGAAAAUCCGUGAACAGCAGCAUGAGUAUGACAUCAGUGAGUUUAUGACGCUCUUUAUUAAAGAAAUGAACUCAGGUGCUGCAGAGAAAAUGUUUUUCCUAAAAUGGCUUGGAAUCCUCCUGGAUGAAAAUAUUGAUAAAUCUGAACAACUCAAGGAUGAACAAUCGAAACUUGAGAGAAUAUCUAAGGAACUUCAAGCUGCAGCCUUUGGCUUGGAGCACAUCAUGAGGGAGGUUGGUCAGAUCUAUGAAUCAUGUUCAUCUGUGGAGAAGACCAAGACAGGCUUGCAGUUUGAGAUCUCUUCUUUGCCAAGUCUUGCAGCAGAGAUGAUGAUCUCUGGAUUCCCGCUGGAGCUGAUGGAUGGAGAUGCUGCUCAUGUUCCUGUGAUGUGGAUCACUGCCGUUCUAGAUGAACUCAUCCAGAAACUGGGAGACAAGAGAGUCUUUGUGCUGUCAGUUUUAGGGAUUCAGAGCUCUGGUAAAUCCACAAUGCUGAACGCCAUGUUUGGACUCCAGUUUGCUGUCAGUGCUGGCAAAUGCACCAGAGGAGCUUUCAUGCAGCUGGUCAGUGUGUCAGACGAGAAGAAAGCACAGCUAAACUUGGACUAUAUUCUGGUUGUUGAUACUGAAGGUCUUUGUAGUUCUGAACUGGCUGGAAGAUCAACUAGACAUCAUGACAAUGAAAUGGCCACAUUUGUUGUUGGUCUCGCAAAUUUGACACUGAUCAACAUUUUUGGGGAAAACCUAUCUGAGAUGCAGGACAUUCUUCAGAUAGUUGUUCAGGCCUUCCUGAGGAUGAAGAAGGUCAGUCUGAAUCCCAGCUGUGUUUUUGUGCAUCAGAACGUUUCAGACGUCACAGCUGUUGAGAAAAACAUGGAGGGAAGGAGACGACUGCAGGAGACACUGGAUGAGAUGACAAAACUUGCUGCUAAAGAGGAAGUCUAUGACGCAGAAUGUUUCAAUGAUGUCAUUGAAUUUGACAUAAGAAAUGAUGUGAAGUACUUUGCUCAGCUCUGGGAGGGCAACCCACCCAUGGCACCAACAAACCCAAACUACUGUGAGAAUAUUCAAGAACUGAAGGAAACUAUUAUGUCUCAUGCCUCUAAAUCAGACAAUAUGAAACUGAUAGACUUGAAAGAUCGAAUUAAAGAUCUCUGGGAAGCUUUGCUGAAUGAACGAUUUGUGUUCAGCUUUCAAAAUUCUCUGGAGAUUACAGCAUACAGGAAACUGGAGACAGAAUACAACCAAUGGUCCUGGACACUUCGAAGUGCCAUGCUGGAAAUUGAGUACAAACUACAAAACAAAAUAGAAAAUGAAGAUGUUAAUGAGGUUAAUGAAAGUGAUCUUAAAGGAGAACUAAAAGAGAAAAGUGAAAACGUGAAAAGCUCAAUGUCAGAAUUCUUUGAGAAAGACACAGAUGCAGGAAUACUGAUUCAGUGGAAAAAUAAUUUUGAGAUAAAAAUCCAAGAGCUUCAAGAAACCAUUGUAAGAGAAACAAAUAGGAAAUUAAAUGGGAUGCUUCAGCAGCGAGACUUGAGGAAAAAGAUUGACUCUCAGAGAACACAUCAUGAAAACGCUCUCUUUGAAAAGAGCAAAGAACUUGCCUUAAAACUCAAAGACCAAGCAAAAGAUGAAGAAACACUGAAGAAUGAGUUUGAUUUGUUUUGGAAAGAGUGUGUGAAGAAGAUCAUCACAGAUUCUCCAAUCAAAGACAUUGACAUACUGAAAGAGGUGAAACUACUCCUCAGUGACAUCUAUAAAAGUGCUCCUGUAGACUCCUGGACGGAGAGCAGUGAAUGUAGGGAUGUUUUUUCUGUGCAAAGUUAUUCUGAUUAUGUACAAUUAAAGAAAUCCAGUGGAUUUACAGGUCAUAUUAAAAAUGCAUACAAAGCAGCGAAAGAGAAGAUUGGUCGGGCUCUUUCUAAAGAAGAUGAAAUCCAAAUAACAAUCUUUGUCACAGAUGUUGCCCAGCAGAUAGAAAGAAAAAUCUUGUCUUUUAACAUUGCAAAAAUGGGCUUCAAUGUCAGCUGCAUUCAACAACUUGUAGAUUACAUCAAGACAAGAAUAAGACAACAUCAAGAAGGAUCUGUGAGCUAUGUGUUCAAGAAUGAAUUCUCCAUUGACUUGAUUUAUUCCAUCUUUAGGAGAGCAAAUAAGACAUUUACUCAGCAGCACAGACUGUUCAGAGAAGCCAAUGAUCCCGUUCUCUAUUUGGAGAAGAAGAAAGAAGAGUAUUACAGUAUUUUCCAGAAACAUCUCCAAGGAGCUGCAUCAUCUGUCAUUUUUGGUGAGAUCUUAUGUCAGAAACUUAAAGAGCGCAUUGAGCAGAGUGUCUACAGGAAGUCUGCAAGAGAUUUGAUAGAUGAAAUUAGACAAAACUGUAAAUCACUAAAUGGAAGCAGAAUAAAUCUCGAGAAACACAUUCUGAAGUUUCUGGCAGAAAAAGAGAAUUUUUCUGCGUACCUGGACUACUUUAAUUAUCCCAGAGAGCACUUUGAGAAUUUUAUCAGAGAUGAAGUCAGUCAGUACACGACUCGCAACGUCAGUGACCGUGUUUUGACCAAGAUAAAGGAAAACAUUGAACUCCUGCAGAAGAAGAUCAUGGAAGCUGCACAUGAAUCUACUGUACAUGUUCAAGCAAACAGUGGAAAUGUUGAUUUGUGGUUGAAGACUUUCACACAUCAGCUUUCAGAUGUGCUGAUAUUCUCUGAAAAAGAUCUCAGUGGAGUCAGACAUGAUGAUGUUGAUGAUUUCAACCUCCUCAAAGAAGUCAUAACAACAAAAAGUCCUGCUAUAAUGCCUGACACAAGCAAUGAGUUCAACACAGACACAUUUUAUGAAAAACUGGAUCUCAAGGACAGACCAGAUGAGAUUCUGAUUGAUCAGUUCUGUCAGUGCUGUUGGGUUCAGUGUCCGUUCUGUAAAGCCCCCUGCACCCAAACUGAAAACCAUGAUGGAGAUCACUGUGUUCUUUCACACAGAAUAACUGGAAUCAAUGGGCACUACAAUGUUGAAACAAAUCAUCUUUGUACAGAAUUUUGCAAGGCUGCAGUGGCAAGUAAAAAAUGUUUUAAAUCAUCAGAUAAGUGGAUACCAUAUAAAGAAUACAAAAUAGCAAAAGAAAUUCAUGAUGACUGGCUUUGGCGCUCAGUAUUCUUAGCACCUUGUCCUAUCUGGAAAUACUGGAAGUGGUUUGUGCACAGAUUCCAAAAAGAUCUGGAAGAGUAUUACGAGAAAUCCUUUGAAAGGGAGGCUUGGCUCCCAUUAAUUUGGAAAUUCCACACAAAAAACAUGGCAAUUCAUAGUUUACGCUUACACUUUCCUUUUGGAUACAUUCAUUAG